GAAGGCAUAAUGCUCACUGACGGGUAGAUUUGUACAUUGUCGUGAAUUCGUAUCCAUUGUCGGUAAUAUUUAAGCCGUAUUGGCCUCUGGAAUUAGCUGCUUAUUGAUACCAAGGAGUAUUUUUAGCCGCGCCAAGUCUGAUCGGAUUUAAUUCCCCCGGCUUGUGCAGCCGAUGUGAUUAGAGCGAUAUACUUGUUUACAUAGGAUAACGCAAAGCAUACACAGUAGGGUGUAUUAAUAUAGGAACUCACUCAACAUGCAGCGUAAAUUAAGUUUGCCUUAUGAAAGGUUGACAAUGUUUCGCCAACGGGCUCUCACGGACAUUGUUGAACACUCUGACGAGGAAGGAAAAGAUUCUGCCGGCGAAGAAGACACGCAGAAAACUGUUAAUGGAGGUGACGUCAACAAAGGCGAACAGAAAACACAGGCAAACUUUCCGUUGAUGCACCAAGUGGUAAUGGAGGGAAACUCAGAACUGCUAAAAGAACUAAUUAAAAAUGGCGCAGAUAUAAAUGUUUUGGACGAGAAUGGCUGGCCUCCUAUGCACACAGCGAUUCGAUCUGGCCAUACUGAAUGUGCAGCCAUUCUUAUCAAGGAAGGAGCUGGCGAGUUUUAUUACAAUAAACAGAAACAGGACUAUCUUAGAAGACUAGAACGUUGUCAAAAGGGGCGCAAGAUUUCGUACUGGAGGUGAGGUUAACUGCAACGUACAUCCGGCUUAAAAUUUCUCAGAUGAAAACAUUGCAAUGUAAUCGAUCGAUGCCAUUUUAUUGUCGAUCACAGAAAUGUUUAUAAGUUCUACUGUAUGUACGUGACCUGGAGAGUUCUGUAAUCUUUUAAAUAACUAUUCAACCAACGCGUGUGGCAAAUUGUGCCUUUGUGUACGAAGCUACAGACCAUUUUAAACAGCCAAAAGGAUUCAUUUAUAAACAGGCAGCAAUAUGUCUGCCACUCGUUCCAUAGCAAGACGUCUCGAGAACUGUUAAAAAAAUAAUUCAGACACGUUUUCUCGUGGCACGUGGCGUCAUUCUCUAAUUUGGGUGCCAGAGAUGACGAUCAAAGUCGGUUUCGUUCUGCUCAAAAGUUACUUCAACUUGUUAAACCCUUCCCUGUGACACUGAAACAUGUUUUGUUGAUUCAAAACCUUUUUAAUUGAGUGUCCUCGAGCUGAUCUCUGCUUAGCAGUACUUUUCCAAAAUGCCAUAAUAUUUCUGGAACAGUCAGGACUGUACUGUUCCAUAAAAUUCUCUAAACUAAUAAGAAAAACAAUAGAAAACAGUUUGUUUUUGCCUCAAGGCCUUAACGACGAUGUACACAAGUCCUGAAAACGGACUGAUGAAUACCUAUGCCGAUUCCUAUAAAUAGUAAAGUAAAACUGUCAUAUUAGAUUGUACAGAGCUGCGUUGUAUAAAGCUAAAGGCGUUGACAGGGA